AUGUCUAAACAACCUCAAGCCAAACAAGUCCUUGCCAUUGUAGAAAAGAUCGGAACAAAGAUCGCCAUUGCUAAUGGAGGCAAGAGUUUGGAAAAUCUUUUGGAUAAUCAUCUCGUUCAAUUGUUGACCCUGUUGGGUUUUCCAGAGGCUUCUGUGAGGAAUAAAGUUAUUGAAGUUUUGAGUAAUACUGUAAAUAAGAGAGUCAAACUUGAAUCAACAACAAUUAAAUUGCCAUUUGGUAAGAUUUUGGAAUUGUUUCAAAAGGAAAUAUCAAAUUCUUUUAUUAAGAAUUUUGCUGUAAUAUAUCUGGAUAUGGGAUUCCCUCAAUUGUCACCAAGUGAAAUGACUGAAUAUUUACCAACAUUCUUCCAAGUACUUCCAUUAUUGAAUUCCAAUCCAAGCGACAAUACAUCAGUCUCUAACAAACAGCAUCAAGCAAUGUUUCUAAGAUUUAUUGUGGAAGCUGUUUGCAAUCUAACCUAUCCAGAAAAGGAGGAGGAUGCAUUGGAAAAGUUUCAGGAAAUUAGAAAUUGUGGAACAUCUACAUUGGACAUUUUUAUUGACUUUGCCAUAGAUUUCAUGCUAUAUAAACCAUCCCAGAAAUCCGUCGGAAGUAUGCAAACAAUCUAUCCUAAUGGCUUGAAUGUUAUCAAAAUUAAGAGAAUUUUGGGAAGUAGGGAAACUAUCGAAGCUCAAGAACUUCAAAAACGAAAGAUGAACCUUUUGGAAUUCUUUACAAAGAGUGCAUGCUUUUCAGAGAAUCAACAAUUUCUCGUUCUAGUGAUUGGUAUGUCUCAACAAGAGUCAACUGAUCAAUUGGGAUCAAGAUGUGAAGUUCUCAUCAAGAAGCUUUCCCCAGACUAUGAGGAACCAACCUUCAUUCAAAAGCUCUUCUCCAUAUAUUUGGGAGAUUCUUCGAAUGGUAUUUCUCAAGCAUCUCUUCCUCUCAAGUAUAAGAUUUUAUCUUAUUUAUGCAAGUCUACACUGGCAGCCAAUCACUUCCCUCAAACUCACCUCGUACUAAUGGAUUCUCUUUUCAGUGAAUAUGCUGGAAUGAAACUGAGAGGAUUUGGUAUGCAAUUUUUCAUGUGGGUCAUUCAAGAAGGAACAGCCAUUGAACAAGAAUACGGCUCAGAAGUAUUCAGAUCCAUUUUAUCAAACAUUUCACGAUUGUCUUCAUCAACCAAUUCUUCGACAUUCUCCAUGAAUGAAAUUGCCAUGUUGAAAGAGAAUAUGUAUACAGCUCUAGGUAGUUUUGCAAGAAAAUUCCCUCACUUUGUUAUGGACAGAUUUGAUUUAGUGGAGAGAUAUUUUGAUGCUAUUGCAUUCGAAGAUACAAGAAUUCGUGUUGCCAUCUUGCAAGGUCUCUCCAAUUUAAUUUAUGCUUUCAAAGUUAAUUUUAUGAAUAAUUCUGAAGAGGAAACUAGAGCUGUUCGUGUUAGAUUUGAAAACUUAUUCUAUAGUUGGGUUGUUGAGAGAAAUACAGGCUUAAGUGAUCUUUUGACUGGAAAAUCUACUCAUCAAAAUAUGCAACUCUCUGCUAAAUCAGCUGUAAACUCAGCUGUUUUGAGAUGUGCCAACAGUUUAUUCCCAUUUGAUAAUGUAGUUUCUAGGUUUUUAUGUUUAUUCUGCACAGCUGGAGGAUUUGGAUCUGGUGAUAAUGUCUCCUUGAGCCACCAAAUCAGAGAGGAAUGUUUAAAAGGAACAGAUUUGGAUAAAUUCACAAAGGCAAGACAAUUGGAUCACUGGGUUAUUAACAAGAAGGGUUCAGAUAGCAGUGAAAGCUCAGAAGAAAAUGUGAACAAGCUUCCAAUGUUUCUUACUGUCAAGUUUAGUUUCCCAACUUUUAAAUCAGUUGUUGGAUAUAUUUUUGAUUUCAUGACCAAGUUUGAUCCAGCCAUAACCAAGUCCAACACUAUGCCUGCCCUGAACAAGAUUGUUGCUCCUUCUGCACACUCAGCAAUGAUCAAGUUUUGCUUUGACUGUCUAGCAGAAGAAUGUAAAUUACAAAAUGUUUCCAUGUUGGAAAGAAUUGAGAAAAUGUCACAAGAAAUGCUUGAUGACAAUGUCAAGGAUGACUUUGAAAAAUUCUUAUACGUUAUUGAAAAAUCAUUCGAUGAUAAGGUAUUGCUCUACUCUGGAACAACCUCCAAUGCUACAGAAUUAUUGUUAGAAGCUUCUGAAACUUUGCUUAGACUCCUUCUUUCAUUGAAAGACAAACCAGAUUAUGUCAAGUAUAUUUCUAGAAGAUUUAGCUUCUUGCUCGAUGAAAAGGGUCCAUUCCUUUUUGAUUUAAUGCUGGGAAGUUAUAAUGAUAUUGCCAGAGAGAAAUUCUCUAAAUUUAUUGCCCUUCUCUUUAUCUUUAUUCGUCAAGAUCCAGAAAAGUCAUCCCAAUGUGAAAAACUUAUAGGAAUUUGGAAAGAUUACAUUGAAAAGCAAUUCGGCAACGCUAACACGAUGUCUGAUCAUAAGGGUGAAGUAUGCGCUCUUGGAAGCAUCUUGACUUUGGGUAGUAUUAUCAGUCUUAAUUAUGCUUCUCAAUCCUCAUCAUCAACAGAGCCAUACUUGUUGGAUGCAUUCAAACUUAUUUUAAGUAUUUUGAGUAAGAUUCCAUUGACAAACUUGAGAGAACCUCUUCACCAAGCUUGUUAUUUGGCUGUUGGUGAAAUGGGAUAUAGUGGAGUUUUGCAAGACUACUUCGCAAAUUAUUUCACCCCAACCAUUGAUGAAUUACAAUUUGAGGUUAGUGCAACUCUUCCAUCGAAGGAAAUUAACUCUAUGGAUGAUUUGGUGACCUUAUUUGUAAAACUUGUUGAAAGAUAUGCAUCAUCCACUCGUCAAAAGAACUCAUCAACAACUAAUGAAAAGAUUUUAGAAAGAUUGAUUAUAACUGUAGGAAAAGUUUGUGUUGGAUCUAAUAAGAAUAAUGAUCCAAAGGUUGCUGAUCACGUUGCAGCUAUUAUCACUGUUCUCUUCCAAUUGAACAAUGUCAAAACUACAAGUAUUCCAACAACAGGCACUGGUGGCUCAUCAAAUAGCAGUGAAAUGACUGCUACUGCACCACAAGCUGCCUUCGAUGAGAAUAUUUCAUUUACUGUUGGUGAAUCGCUUGCCUUGAUUGGAGGUGGUUUGAAGCAUUGUGAACUUGCUAAGGAUGAUCCAUACUUUGUAAUCUACAAUCAAAAGAAUGCAUUUUCUUCAGAUGAAGAAGAAACUGAACAUUAUGAUGGCAACUUGAGAACAGUUCUCAGUAGAUUGGUUCGUGAGUGUGUAUUAAAUCCAAAGAAGAUUGUUCGUCAAGCUUCUAGCAUUUGGUUAUUGGCAGUGACAAAAUACAGUGGUCAAUCCAAUGCUUUAUUCAAGAAGUACAUCAAGGAAGUCCAAAGAGCUUUCUCUCUCCUUGUUACUGAAAAUAAUGAAGUUACCUCUGAAGUUGCAGGUAAGGGCCUGGGUUAUGUCUAUGAAAUGGCAGAGAAUACAGACAGAAAACAACUUGUCGACUCCUUAAUGAACUAUUUGAUCGGAAACAAAAAGCCACAAAACCUUGCUAUUAUUGAAGAGCCGGAGGAGCUCAUGCUUUUCCCAGCUGGUGAGGAGCAUCAAAAGGGUGGUAAGAAUGCACCAACAUUGUCAACCUAUAAGGAACUUGUUGAUGCAGCAACAGAUAUUGGUAGACCUGAGAUGAUUUACCAACUUUUGGCUGUAUCCAAUCACAAUGCUAUUUGGAAUGCAAAGAAAGCUUAUGCAUUCUCUAUGACCUCAAUUCUUGGAAAUCUGUCUGGUACCUCCCUCUUGGAAGAUAAGGAGUUUGAAAAGAGUUUACCUCAACUUGUUCCAAAACUUUUCAGAUUCCUCUUUGAUCCAAAUCCAACAAUCAGUGGUUCUAUGAAGGAAAUGUGGAAAUCCCUUUUCGGAAGUGAAAAUGACAAGACCAAACAAAAUAUGAUCAUUUCUAAAUAUUUGCCAAGAAUUAUGAAGGAAUUAUUGAAUGGAUUGAAUCAAGAACUUUGGAGAAUCAGAGAAGCUUGUUGUUAUGCUAUUUGUGAAUUGAUUGGUGGUAGCAGUUCAAAGACCUUUGAAGAAAUGGCGCCAUUUAUCAAAGACUCAUUCCAAAAAGUUUGGAGAGUAACAGAUGAUGUCAAAGACACUUGCAGAAAGGCAGCUCAAAGUGCCCUCACAAAACUCAGCAACUUUGUUAUCAAGGCAUGUAAUCCAACCUAUACAAGCAAGAGAGAAAAUGUUUCUCGUGCUCUUGCUAUUGCGAUUCCAUUGUUGUUGCACGAAGGUUUGAUUUUCCCAUUCAAGGAUGUUGUUCAUUCUAGUUUGGCUACUUUGAAGGAAGUAGUUCAUGUAUCAACUCACUAUAUCAGACCACAUAUUCACGAAAUUGUUUCAACAUUAUUGCAACAAAUGUCUGUUCUUGAACCAGCUCAAUUCAACUAUAUUCAAAUGAAUGCAGCAGAGUACGGUAUUUCUGUGGAGCAAUUGGAAAGUUUGAGAUUGUCUGCCAUGUCCAGAGGAGGUCCACUGUCUGAAAUCAUUAUGGAUUGUGAAAGACAUGUUGAUGAAAGUGUUCUUCAAACACUUGUUCCAAGUCUUUUGGAAGUACUCCAGGUUGGUGUUGGUCUUCAAACAAGAGCCCACUGUGCCAAGUUUAUUGCCUCUUUGGGUAAAUUCCAUGGAAGGUAUCUGAAAGACUUUGUCAAUCCUCUUGAUGUUGCCAUCAUGAGUGCAAUCAGACAAACAGAAUCAAUGGCUGAGAAGAAAGAGUUGGCUACAGCUCUUUCCCAAGUUGUUAAGAAUGGUAAAGUCUCAGAGGCAAAACGUGUCUUGGUUGAAAUCCUUAACAUGUACACACAAGAGGGUGAGGAAAAUGAGAAUGAAAAUUCUGCAGAUGAGUUGAGAAUGAUGAGUGCCUUAAUUUUGGAACAAAUCAGUAAGAAUUGUACCAUUCUCUUGAAGAGAUUCUACGACAUUGCACUCCCAAUCAUGUUCAUUGCCAGACACGACAAGAGUGAGAGAGUUAGGAAAAUGUGGGACUCUGUCUGGGAAGAAUCUACCAAUACCUCUGUUAAGAGUACUUUGGAAAUCCAUAUCAAGGUGAUUGUUGACAGAUGUAUUCAAUUGUUGGGCCACCCAACUUGGGAAUUGAAGAGACAAGGAGGUAGUGCUCUGCAAGAAGUUGCAAGUGCUUUGGGUAUUCUGCUUAAUGAAAAACCACAAGAAAGAGAACAAAUGAUUACAGCUCUCCUCAAUUCUAUCACUGGUCGUUUGUGGGAAGGAAAGAUUGUACUUCUCAAGGCUCUUGGAAGUGUUUGUGAAACAUUUGUUUCAAAGGAAAAUCAACAAGUUUCUCAAGAGAUGAAAAUUUUGGAUAUUCUUCAAAAGGAAUGUAAGAAGAAGGAUGUAGAUUAUAGAUUGGAAGCUCUCAAAGCCUAUCAUUCAGCCGUGAAGAAUGCUCACUUUGCCAAAUUUAUCACACAAGAAAUUUAUGAAACUUCUAAGAGUUUCUUCUUGGAAGAGAUGAGUAAUAUGGAAAAGGAAGAACAAGAGGAAAUUAAGGUUGAGAAUGAAAAUAAGAUUGCCAUGGUAAAUGAUGACAAGACUCACUAUCAAGAAAAGAUGAAGAGAGAUAUCAAGUCAAGCAAGAGAGAAACUUCCUGUGUUCAAAUUAUUCACAUACUUUCUUAUCUUAUUCCUGCCACUUCUCAAGUUGAACAAAGAAGAAAAGCAGUUGAUUGGAUUUUAGACGAAUUAUUGGCACCAAGACUUGUGCAAUAUCUCACACCAAAUAUUAACAAUGCACUCUUGACAGCAUUACUCCAAUUUGUAAAGUUGAGAAUUGCCCUUAAGGCAGAAGAUCCAUCAGUUCUUGAUUUGACAGAACAAAAGAGAGUCUUUGAAUUGGCAAUCUUCAACUUGGAUCCAAACAAUAGACAAAUUCAUGUGAGACCAAAUGCCUUCAAUACUCUCAAGGAUUUAAUGACUCAGCUAGCAGAUAAUAAUCUUUUAUUAGAUGAAACCAAACAAUUCAUUAGACAACAAUUGAACGAAGAUUUCUUGAAGAGAGUAUUGGAACCACUUUUGCAUGACCAAAUUCAAAACUUUGCUAAUACCAAACUUUAAACCUUACAUAAAGAUGGAACUAUUAAAACGUUCAAAAU